AUGGCUUCAACAUCUGAACAAGUUGAGUUGGAUAUUGAUCCAUCUCUUCAAUCGAUCAAAAACUUUCACUUGUUGGCAAGGAAGGCCGAGAGCAAAGAAGUCAUUCAAUGUAUGAUCCGAGAGAAUGAUAUGGCCACAUCGUCCUCACUCGAGUCCCUCGAAGAAGAACGAAAAAGGUCCGAAAAGUUACUGGAAGAAUUGAAAAACAUUCGGAUCGAAGAACUCAAUGAAGAGAAACUCAACCAACUAUUGGAUGAGUUGUUGAAGCGAAAAGAGGAAUCAUUUGUCGAUGAAGAGGCUUCCCUUCAACAAAAUUACUUGAUGCGAGAGGCUUCUCUCAAACCACCUGAACCUGGUACCAUUGAAGUGAAAACAAUGAUUGAAUUUCCACCAAAAGAAGUGGAUUUGAGCAUGCUCAAAGUUGGAGAGAUGCUAGCCAAUGAAAAACGAGAGGAAAUUCAACAACAACAAACCUUGAAGAUUGUGAGAGCUCUCCCAACAGGAAAUCAACCAAGCGAGCUCCAUUCUGUACCUUUCCUUUCGAUCACUUUUAAUCAGGACAUGAUUGAAGAGUUUGAUGCAGAGACCAAGUCCUUUGAGGAAAUAGAUUUCAUUGAAAUAAGGCCUGUGACUGAAAAUUUGAGAAAAGGCAAAUGGAAAUGGAUUGGUACCAAGUCAUUGCUCUUCCAACCUUAUUUUCGAUUUGAUCGAUCGACUGAGUUCACUUACACUGUACUAAAAUCGAAAACCAAAUCUGCUUUUGGUCUUGGCUUGGAAGACGAUUAUAGGGUCACUUUUAAGACUCAAACCAUGCGAGUUGAGGAAUUUGUACCUCCUCAUCACUUUACUUCUUUUCCAAUUUCACACCUUCCUUUUUGCUACAUGAAAUUUGAUCAAAGUGUUGACCGAAAUGAGGUUACAAAAGGUGUGAAAAUUACGUGUGGAUCCAAGCCUAUCAACUUUGAAGUGUUACAGGAUACCUCAAUAAUUGCUCAAACCCUGAAGGACACAGAAUUUGAAAAGAAAUUCCCUUCGGUAUAUCACACAUAUAAUGAUCUUUUAACCAAAAACAAAACUCCAACGUCGAGAUUUGUCUGGCUGCAUUUACUUGUUGAUAACAACACAAUUCAUGCAGGUAAAGGGUAUCCAAAGCUUGAAGUGGGACAGAAUCUGUAUGUGGCUGUACCUGAAGGAAUGAAGUCUUUAGAAGGUCCAUUACUCUCUACACACAGCUUUAAUUCAACAAUUCAUGGCUUUGGCAGCAUGCGUAUAACAAACCACGAACCAAAAAAGUAUUCAUAUUACAAUUCCAUCACUCCAGGAUGUUCAUUUACAUUUGAAACUUCUAAUCCAAUCGAUUUAGAUCAAGUACAUGAAAAGGAGAAAUUUGUGACAGUUCACCCUGCUAUUGAAAAUUGUAGCAUUAGUGUUGGUAUUCAUCGAAUUACAAUUUCUGGUAAUACUCUAGCAAGAGAGAAUUAUUCGGUAACCAUUCACAAGGGUCUACCUGAUAUUUAUGGGCAAGUGUUAGAGAAGGAUUACGUAGCAACAUUUGAAGUCAGUGGUGAGUCAAAACGAUUCAACAACUCUCUGCCCAAUAUUACGAUUCUACCACCAAGCCUUUUUGAUAACUAUGAUCCAUUUAUUUAUUUCGACUGCGUUAACAUUUCAGAGACGCUAACAGUUAUCAACCAAGUUGAUCCAGAAUUUAUGGCUAGAGAAGUUUGUUAUCCAAAAUACUACAAAUCAUUCUUUAGCUCUUAUCCUUCUUAUGAAUACUUCAAAUGGGUGACAAAGAAACAGAGAACAUUCGGAACGAUUGUUUAUAAUGAAAAGGUGAAACCAAAUGAUUAUGUCAAAGACAGAUCAGUUUCCUCUACAAUUUCGUUAGCACCCUAUUUACAAAAUUCAACUCAAAAACUGGCCACUUGUUCCUCCAAAUGA